AUGUCCCAAACUAUGGUUUCCGCUCGCUCGAAGACGACCAUGAUCAUGGGAGAUCGAUCUUUGGACGUCGCUGUUCUUGAAGUCAUCAAAUUGGAAAGUCUUGUUGCAAGUGACCCGGUCGAGACGGCAAAACUUUUGAAGGCCGCGAAGUCUCAAGGAUUCUUCUAUGUCACUUGCGAUAAUGACCUCUCGCAGAAAAUCUCAGGCUAUCUCCGGACUUGUUACCUGAACUCCCAUGAGUACUUCGCCAAGCCUUUAGACGAGAAAAUGAAGGCGUUCAGAGAGGGUGCAAAUGACGGCUACAAACGCGCAGGCAUUGAAUCAUUCGAAAUCACUCGAGACGAACAGAACCGCACCACUUUACCAAGCCCUUUCGCAGAACACGCCGGAGCGACGCUAGAUCUUGUCAAUAUCUGCGACACCAUAGUACGCACCCUUCUCCGCAGCAUUUCUGAUAGCCUUGGUCUUGAUGAAUCCGCGACCCUGAAAAAUGCCCAUCGUCCCGACGGACAAAGUGACUCGGGAUUGAAGUUUGUCUCUGGCCCAACCAAAGCAUCCAUUGCUGAUGUUCCCGACACUACCCACACCGAUGGUGGAUCGAUCACCUUGCUCUGGUGCGAGAAAUGGGCUAGUCAGAUGCAGACCAAGGAGACGAAAGAGUGGUUAUGGAUCGAUCCCAAACCUGAUUGCGUCUUGGUCAACAUCGGGGAUUAUCUACAAAGUCAGACCGGCCUGCACUCCCCAGUUCAUCGAGUGAGCCAGCCGUCCGAUGGUGUGGAGGACCGAUACUUUGUGUCCUAUUUCUUGAGACCGAAUCAUUAA